CUAGUUCUUGAUCAUCAAUUGCAGCACUUUCCAAAUCUAAUAAACGGCAUUUACGGCAUUGGGCAUCGCAUUCUCGUGACAGACGUACAGGAGAGUCUUUUCUGGGUGCGUUAUCGGCCACGAGCAGACAAUCAGAUGGUGAUAUUUGCUGACGACGCCAGUCCGCGGUGGAUCACCCAACUAGCGGUCUUAGACAACUCCACUGCUGCGGUGGCUGACAAGUUUGGCAAUGUCAUCAUCCUUCGCUUACCACCUGAUGUUAAUGAUAAUGUGGAGGAGGAUCCCAGCGGAAAUCGAUCAUUGUGGGACAGGAACGCUCUUGGAGGUGCUAACCAAAAACUUGAGAUGGUGUGCCACUUCUACGUGGGCGAAGUAGUGACGUCCCUUCAAAAAGCCACCUUGAUUCCGGGCGGUUCGGAAGGUCUGGUGUACGCUACGCUCUCAGGCAGUCUGGGCAUCCUCAUUCCCUUUGCUUCCAAGGAUGCCUACUCCUUCUUUCAGCACCUUGAACUGCACAUGCGCACGGAGAAUAUCUCUCUCGUGGGUCGCGACCAUCUCCACUAUCGUUCGCUCUAUUAUCCUUGCAAGAAUGUAAUCGACGGAGACCUCUGUGAGAUGUUUAACACUCUGGACGCAGAGAAGCAACGAAACAUUGCAGAGGAGAUGGACAAGGUCCCUACCGAUAUUGCUAAACGCUUGGAAGACAUGCGCACUCGCUGCGCCUUCUAG